AUCAGGGGAUUCCCGCGAUGCUUUCUGGAGUCACGGAUUGUCCGUUGAUACCAUGUAAUUUCUGCAUGCAGGUGUCGUUUUUCAGCAGGACACAGAUCUGCGGUGUAGUAGCUGACAGUGUUGGGGUAACAAAAAAGCUGUGAAUCAAUUGGGGGGUUGUGUAGUAUUGAUCGCCCUCUCAUAACCUUGUACGCGGAGAGAAGCUCAAUGCCGAUCUUAUAAAUAGUGCCCGGACGUGUCUCAGAUUCUUUCGCCCUCUUCUUUUUCUUCUUUUCUUGUUGCAAGCUCGCUUCAGUUUGAAUCUUGUCCCUCAGUCCAUUACUUGUUCUUCGUCUUUGCCAAUUGAGCCUCUCUCUCGGCAUCGCAGCAUCGCCUCACUUACACAAUGCCUAGCCGCCGCAACCUCCAGAAGAGCCUCGCCGCAACGCUGUUGUGCGCAGGUAAUCUUGCCUCUGCCGGCCUGGUCUACGUCUCCUCGUACUCCCAGACCGUCACGACGCUCAACUACACGCAUGGCCAGAACACGGGCAUCCAGAAGCUGAGCCCCGUCGCCGUGUCCCAGAGCUGCUCUGACAACCCUUCGUGGCUGACUCUGGACUCUCCCGACUCCAUCCUGUACUGCAUCAACGAGGGCCUGAACACGCCCAAUGGUGCUCUGACUGCCUUCAAGACAUCCCCUGGUGGCACUCUGCAGCAGCUUGGCCAGGUCAGCACCGCCAAUGGCCCUGUGAGCGGCGUCGUGUUUGGUAACAACCGCCAUGGUCAUGGUUUUCUUUGCAGUGGUGGCUCUGCCUUCACCACCUGGGACGUCUCCAACCCCAGCAAGCUGAAGCUCCUUCAAACCAAGAACUUCAAGCUGACCGGCCCUCCCGCCGACCCUUCUCGUCAAGAUGCCCCUCACCCUCACGAGGCGGUUCUCGACCCCACGGGCAAGUUCUUGCUCGUCCCUGAUCUGGGCAUGGAUCUCAUCCACCUCUACUCCUUCGACCCCAACACCUUGGCUCUCAAGGACAUCACCCCCGUCAGCGUCAAGCCUGGCUCUGGUCCUCGACACCUGGCCUUUGUCGUCAAGGGCAGCAAGACGUUCGCCUACCUCGUCACUGAGCUGGGCAACACCAUCAUUGGAUAUGAUGUUACUUAUCCCAAUGGUCAGAUCAAGCUGACUGAGAUCUUCAACAUUCCCAGCCACGGCGCAGGCCCAGCUGAGCCCAGCAGCUAUGCCGCUUCCGAGGUUGUUGUUUCUGUAAGUUCAAUGAUUCAACCAACACCAGCCUUCAAAGGAUGAAUCCAAGCUAAUGCAUACUGCCAGCCUGAUACCAACUACCUCAUUGUUUCUUCCCGCGCUGAGAACAGCACCACCAUCCCCGACUUCGACAACCCUUCAGCCACCAUCCCCUCCGACCCUCUCAUCAACUUCAAGAUCGACGCAGCCACUGGUCAGCUCACGGUCCUGCAAGUCGUUCCUGCUGGCGGCCAGUUCCCCCGUCAGUUCUCCAUCAACAAGGAGGGCAACCUGCUCGCCGUUGGCCUGCAAGAUGACGGCCGCGUUGUCUUUGUCGACCGUUGCCCCGAGACUGGCCUGCUGGGCGGCUUUGUCGCGUAUGCAGAUAUCGCUGGUCAGAUUACCUCGGCCGUCUUUGCGUAAAGGAUGGGCUAUUCAGGAGGC